AUGGCCCCCGAGGAGAUUUCGAAGGAUCCAGAGAACAAGCAGCUGGGCCACUCGUCUCGUCAUCUGAAGGUCACCGACUUUGAGUUGAUGCGGACACUUGGAACGGGCACCUUUGCUCGCGUAUGGCUAUGCCGCUUCGCCAGUCCAUCCCCGCAAGAUCGAGACAAAGUGUUUGCCCUCAAAGUCCUAAAAAAGGUGGACGUCAUCAAACUCAAGCAAGUCGAACACGUUCGCAACGAACGAGAUGUUCUUGCUGCGGUCGCCGGCCACCCUUUUAUAACAACCCUGAUUACCUCUUUUUCGGACGAAACAUCCUUAUACAUGCUUCUCGACUAUACCCCGGGAGGAGAGAUUUUCUCCUAUCUCAGACGAGCUCGCCGCUUUCCAUUCGCAACCGUCCAGUUCUACGCCGCAGAAAUAACUCUCAUCUUGGCUUAUCUCCAUGAGGUCCAAUUUGUUGCAUAUCGCGACUUGAAGCCUGAAAACAUCUUGCUGGAUGUAGAUGGCCAUUUAAAGCUGGUUGAUUUUGGAUUCGCUAAAUAUCUGCCACCUGUCCCAGAGCAGACAUCCGGCGAUAACCACCACAACAGUCACGCGAAGCCGAGCAGCGAACAUCCUGAACCACAGGCGAGCGGAGCAGGAGUCACUUAUACCCUUUGUGGUACGCCCGAAUAUCUCGCGCCAGAAGUGAUACGUAAUACGGGUCAUGGUACAGCAGUGGAUUGGUGGGCGCUCGGUAUUUUGGUAUACGAGAUGCUGAUCGGGCAGCCGCCCUUCUGGGAUCAAAAUCCUAUGCGCAUAUACGAGCAGAUUGUUGCUGGCCACAUUCGCUUCCCUACUACGCAGCCUUCUUCCCAAGGCCACCGUCACAGUCUCCACGUCCCCAGAGCUGCGCGCGAUUUCAUUCUAGCAUUGUGCAAAACGGACCCGACGCAGCGCCUGGGUCACAUCGCCGGAGGAAGUAAACGAGUAAUGGAACAUCCCUUCUUCGACGGCAUCAACUGGGACGACAUUUACUACAGGAGAAAACGAGGCCCCAUCAUUCCCAGAGUGGAAUGGGCUGGGGACGCUGGCAAUUUUGAUGAAUAUCCGGACCCCAUCGAGGGCGAAGAGAGCGAGGGGGGAAGAGGUAGGUAUACUGAUGAACUACGUGCCGAAUUCGAGGAGGCGUUCAAGGACUUUUAA